GGGGGGGGGCGGUUCGUCAGGCGGAACGGAGCACUAGGUCCCCGGGGGAGGGGUGGGGGGGGAGGGGAGGACGGAAGAGUUUGGCGCAAGGCCUGCCGGGGCAUGGAGUCCCGGUGAGCGUUGUGCGCAUGUGCGAGGAGGCGCAGGGGGCUUGGGGGGGCCUCGCCGGGGAGAGUGAGGUGCCGCCGUCCCCGCUGCCCGGCCCGGGCUCGCCGGCCCCGAUGGAGAUUCCGGCGCCGCAGCCGGUGAAGCAGGAGGGCCCGGCCGCGGAGCUGCUGGUGCUGGACUCGCCGUGGCACCGCUUCCGCCGCUUCCACCUGGGCGACGCGCCGGGCCCGCGCGAGGCGCUGGGGCUGCUGCGCGCGCUGUGCCGGGCCUGGCUGCAGCCCGAGCUGCGCACCAAGGAGCAGAUGCUGGAGCUGCUGGUGCUGGAGCAGUUCCUGAGCGCCUUCCCCGCCGACGUGCAGGCCUGGGUGUGCAGCCGGCGGCCGCAGAGCGGCGAGGAGGCGCUGGCGCUGCUGGAGGAGCUCUGGGGACCAGCGAUGCGGGCCCCCGGGGAGGGGACGGAGGGGGCCGGGGUCGGCCUCCAGAAGGACGACGCCGGGAUGAUGGCGCUAGGAGAUGCCGUCCCGGGAACUGAGGAGCCGGCCUCUGGCGACGCCCAGGCCGCGCGGCCCUACAAGCAGGAGCCGGGCAGCCCCCCGCUGGCGCCGCCCGCGCUGCCCGCGCCCGCCCUGCCCGCGCUGCUGGCCGCCGCCGCGGGCACCGUGUCCUGCCCCGAGUGCGGCAAGACGGCGCUGAAGCCGGCGCACCUGCUGCGCCACCGGCAGAGCCACUCGGCCGAGAAGCCGCACGCCUGCCCCGAGUGCGGCAAGGCCUUCCGGCGCAAGGAGCACCUGCGGCGCCACCGCGGCACGCACCCCGGCGGCCCCGCCUGCCCCGGGCCCGCGCUGCGCCCGCUGCCGGCCCGCGAGCGGCCGCACGCCUGCUGCGAGUGCGGCAAGACCUUCUACUGGCGCGAGCACCUGGUGCGCCACCGCAAGACGCACUCGGGCGCGCGGCCCUUCGCCUGCUGGCAGUGCGGCAAGGGCUUCGGCCGCCGCGAGCACCUGCUGCGCCACCAGCGCAUCCACGGCCGCGCGGCGGCGGCGGCUGCAGCGGCGGCCGCGGCGGCCACCGGGGCGCCGGGCCCCGAGGGCGGGGGGCCCUUCCCGCCGUGGCCGCUGGGGUAGCCGCCGCCCGCCCCCGCCUGAUCCCCGGGACUGAGCCUCCUCCCCCGACGCCUCCUCCCGGACUGAGCCGCCCGCCCCCACCUCCUCCUCCCGGACUGAGCCUCCUCCCCGGACUGAGCCCCCCCGCACCCCAGCGUCCUCAGGUCCCGUCCGGCUGUGCGCGCCCCGAACCCCGCGCUCCUGGCGGCGGCGCAGGAGGAGGCGGUGCCGGAGGGAAAGCUCCGGUUGCGGGCGGACUUGAUUUUUCCCCUGAGUUCACAGUAGCGUGUGUUUUUCUUCUGAAUUUCGCCCCAGUUCGCAGACGGCAGAGAGAGGUGGGGCAAUCCGACCUCCGCUCUGCCCCCCUCCUGACCGCCAGCCGCCCCGCCCUGUGCAGGGGCCUCCCCGUGUCCCUGACCCGCGCACCGCCCUUUGGGGGGAAGGGCGGGCGGGGCCCAGGGGAGGCGCUCAGGAGGCCCCUGGGCCAGAGGGGCGGCCGCAGGCGGGGGGCCGGGUCCUGCCCCUGCCCUCCGCCUCGCCCGGACAGGUGGGGGGCAGGGGUGCGCGGAGAUGGCGCUCCGAGAAGCGCGUGGACGCGGUUCACCAGCAUCUGCCCGGAAUAAAGUCACUGAUGAGGGGC